GGGCAGGACAAAUUCUGAGAGCAUCCACGCCCCGUGAGUAGAGGGUGACCCGGAUGAUGGCGGCCGGCGCGGCCGUAGCACUGGCCCUGUGGCUACUCCUGCCAGCAGUAGGAGUGGGAGAGGCGGGGCCGCCGCCCAUCCAGGACGGCGAGUUCACAUUUCUGCUUCCCGCCGGGAGGAAGCAGUGUUUCUAUCAGUCCGCACCGGCCAAUGCUAGUCUUGAGACCGAGUACCAGGUGAUCGGAGGUGCUGGGCUGGACGUGGACUUCACCUUGGAGAGCCCUCAGGGUGUGCUGUUGGUCAGUGAGUCUCGAAAGGCUGAUGGGGUGCACACGGUGGAGCCCACGGAGGCCGGAGACUACAGACUUUGCUUUGACAACUCCUUCAGCACCAUCUCAGAGAAGCUGGUGUUCUUUGAGCUCAUCUUUGACAGCUUCCAAGAUGAGGAGGAGGUAGAAGGUUGGGCCGAGGCUGUGGAGCCAGAAGAGAUGCUUGAUGUCAAAAUGGAAGACAUCAAGGAAUCCAUAGAGACCAUGAGGACCCGGCUGGAACGGAGCAUCCAGAUGCUCACUCUACUCCGGGCCUUUGAGGCUCGUGAUCGUAAUCUUCAAGAAGACAACCUUGAGCGGGUCAACUUCUGGUCAGCUGCCAAUGUGGCUGUGUUGCUGCUGGUGGCCGUCCUUCAGGUCUGCACACUGAAGCGCUUCUUCCAUGACAAGCGCCCUGUACCCACGUAGCCCCUGCCACAGAGGAUGAAGGAAACAGCGGAGGGCAGCGGGUGUGUGACUUGCUGGACACCUCCCAGACACUGCAUAGUUGGGUCCUUAACAGUGGCUCCAUGUGUCUCCCUUCUUCAGUGACUAGGGAGUGCCAAUGGCUCGCAGACCCCUUGGAAGGGGGAGGGCUCAGCGACAGCGCCUGUUUCUUGGAAGGUGGAAGUGUUAGGUGCUGCAAUGUGGGGACAUACUGCCCUUGGACGCCCUGGUUUUCUCCUGAAAUCGUGCCUUAGCUUCAGUCUUCCAGCCAUCAGGAUGGGGUCAAGUUGUGGACACCCACAGACACCCCAACGCCAGUGUCUCUGCUUUAAUCCUGGGGGUAAGCCUACUUUACUAGGGUCAGGGAAGGAGACACACCUGCAGACUUCUUGCCAGGACAGUCACUUUUAUUUGAAAGGAAGGAGCCCUGGCCCCUUGACCCAGAGGGGAGCCAGCUAGUUGAUGAUUUGGUAAGAGAACUCUGGGAGAGGAGCCCACCCUUCUCUCUGGGUGCAGGGCCUCAGAAAAGGCUGAGGUGCAGCUCUGCCAAGGCUGGACUAUGAGCCUUAAGGAACAAAGGGAUUUGUCCUGGGCACUGGAGUCAAUAAAUUAUGGUCAGAAAAGUUAACA